AUGACAGUGGACCGUGGUGGGGAACAGCUUCUUCUUCGAAAGCUUCCGGCUGUUGACCGGACAGCUCCAAUUACACCACCCACGAUUCCCAGUACAGUUGCUACACUUCCCAGCUGUCAGCGUGCAGGAAUGGGAUCGGCCAGCACUGCGUCCGAUCAUUGGGGCUUAUCUGCGACGAGCUGGAUGUCCUGGCCUGCGAGGACCGAGGCAGAGAUGUCUCGAGUUGAUGCGAGGGAUGCAAUUCCACUUCGACGGUCUCAGGGCAUUUGGGACAAAGCAAUGCCCAUGCUGCCCUCACCACUGCCGAAGAAGCUUUACCAAAGACGGAGGUAUGACAUGCCAUUUCUGGAUCUCAGCAAUGUGUCAUGGUUCUCCGGUGGAGACGAUUCGCCGAUGGAGCUUCAGAGCCCACAGAGCUCUUGCGCGGAACUCACAGCAAGUGCAACAUCUAUACCGAGUCGACUGGUGAUAGCUGAAGGUCCAAAAUGUGGCAAAGAUCUCACACAGGACAGAAGACUGUCCACCGGCUGCGGGCACAGGCGAAGACAACGAAUGCUCGUCGGUGCUUCAAAAACUGCACGGGAGUCGAGGAGCCGCGAAAAGCUGCUUCCCAUUGCGCCAAAAGCAAACAGGAGUUUUUUCGUAAGUUCCAUGGUGUCCAAGGAACGUGUGGUGUUCGUCCGCAAGACGAAAGUGAAGCUGAGCCUGUCUGACUCCAGGCGGAGUGUGCUUGCCCAGCCGGAAACACCGGGCUGCCCAACUUGCGGCUACCGUCUCACAGUGUCCUGGAGCUGUCCACGCUGUAGAGGGCGUGACAGCAGUUCGGCGGAGGUCAGGCAGCGUAGCAUGGAGGAUGAACACCCAAGCCCCAGAGCUGCAGGAGGAGCCGAAGCAGCUGGACAUUCCUCGGCGCCAGCAGUGCCACAUCCAGAAGCAGGUCAUGACGGCCUUGGACAGCAGAGUGCCAACAGCUCUUUUCACCCGCCCGGGUCUGGCUCGGGAACGAGGGGCACCCUCGUGAAGGAGGAAAGUGGCCGGGUUUGCACGGGCUGUGGUGCUCCAGCAGCCGCAGAUGGAGAGAGCUGCCGAAGGUGUGGACACAAACGGCCUCCCGCAGGUGCCUCGUCAACAGCGCGUGCCUCCAUGAUUACCACAGAGGAUGUGAGGGCAGAUGUCUUCGGCAAGCUGCAGGAACAUGGAGAGGUGCAUUGUGACGAGCUUCCUCGUGGCUUGGAGUUGUGUGGCUUCGUGGGCAUUAAGAAGGAAUGGGUUCAGUCAGUGUGUGACUCAGUGACCAAGUACUCCACACUGGAGCUGGAGGAAUUCCUUGAGUUCGUGCGAGGCUACGAGUCUCUCCAGGAGAGAGCCUACAAGGAGGCUUUCGAGGAGGCAGACCUAGACCGGUCUGGCACGGUGGAGUCUGCUGAGCUUGCCGAGGUGCUGAAGCAGUUGCAAAUUGAGCCCAUGACCCAUGUGCUGGAUGAAGUCAUUCAGGAGGUGGACGAGGAGGGCCAUGGGGAACUGGUCUACAAGGAGUUCAAGCACUUGAUGGACUUGCUCAUCCUUCGCGAGGGCUUUACCAGCAGCGAGUACGACCAGUUCAUGGAGAUGUUUGCCAGAUUUGACAGGGACAACUGCGGCAAGAUAGAUGCUCAGGAGUUCCAUGCGGUCUUGAAUUGGUUGGGCUAUGCCAUGACAGUGGAGGAUCUCAUACCGAUCAUGCGAGACUCGGAUGUCAAGCUGACGGGUCUCAUGAACCACCGCGAGUACUUGAUGUGCCUGCGAAAGGUCCGGGAACACGAGCUGCAGGAGGUCCGUCGGGUGAUGGAAUCCACCGUUUCAGGGCAAAAUGCUGGCGGCACCCUCUCCCUCCACAAGUCUGAUGUACCGGUCGUAUUGAAGCAGCUGGGCUAUGACAUGUGGGAUCACCAGGCCAUCAGCGAGGCAGCCGAGGAAGCUGGGCUCCAGGGAAUGAGCACGUUGGACCUCAGCGCGCUUUGGCGGCUCUUGUUGGUGUACCGUCAGCGAGAGGGGAUGCGGAACGAGGAGCUGCAGAGCAUCGAUGCAGCCUUCCGUCGGGAAGACCAGGAUGGCUCGGGAGAACUGAACUCCCUCGAGGUGCCCUCCGCUGUUCGCGAGCUGGGAUACAAGGUCAGCUUUGAGGCCAUGCAGAGCGUCCUGCGGCAGGUUGAUGUGGAUGACUCUCAUCGCUUAGAACCGCGACAAUUUCGCAAGAUGGUCCGCAUGCUGCAGGAACGUGACAUGUUCUGCUUCCAGCAGGUUUUCGACGAGUACGAUCCUUGUGCAUUGAAGGUCAUCAGUGCGGCGGAUGCUUCCAAGGCCUUUGCGAGUCUCGGCUAUGGGGCAGACAAGGAGGAGCUUCGCAAGGUGGAGGUGGUCCUGCCUGGACUUGUCGGUUUCUUUGUCCACCGUGACGGGUUCGUGCGUGCCUGUCAGAAGCAUGCUCGCAAGACUCGCGAGACCAUCAAGCGAAACGGUGGAUGGACGGACCCGGAGGUGGAAGAGCUACGCUUCAUCUUCAGGCGCUACGAUGUGGACAGGUCAGGGCGAGUGACCAAGACCGAGCUCAUUCACCUGGUGGAAGACGUCGUUCCAGAGUUGGCCAAAGCAAGGUCGAAGCGGCCGCAGCUCAAGGCUUUAAUGCGGGAGGUGGAUCAGGAAUGCACUGGCAGCUUGUCCUUCGCCAGCUUUUUGAAGCUCAUGGGUCUGUUCCGCGCCUUCAAGGACAAGGAGCGGCUGAGGAAAGAGCAGCAGGCCAUGAAGGAUGCCGGCUUCACAAACCAGGAGGUGGCUGAGUUUCGCGAGCUCUUCUUGAAUUCGCUGAACGACUCGCAAGAGCUGGGCUUUGAGGAGUUCCGGGCCAUGAUUCACGGAAUCACGCCCUUGGGUGACGUUCUCACCUCACAGCUGGAGGAGAUCUUUGCUGAGGUCUGCAAGAAGCAGACAGAGGCGGACUUCCCGGACUUCCUGUUGCUUCUGAGGAAACUGCUAGACUGUAACUUUGCCAUGAUCAAGGACAAAACCAACGGAUCUCUAAGAAGAUGA